AUGGUCACUGUGAAGGAGCGAAAAUCUGCAAGUGAUCCUGUCUGUGAUAUCCCUGGUCCUGUUCUUCUUCCUGGCUGUGAUGAUAUUUGUCAGUCAUGCUUAUCAGAACUAAAGGAAGGUCGCACCCCUGCGGACAGUCUGGCAAAUGGUUUGUGGAUUGGAGAAGUCCCACCACAGCUACAAAACCUGAGUUUCACUGAAAAAAUGCUGAUAGCACGUGUAAAGCAUAACCACUGCAUUGUCAAGGUCCAUAUGUCAGGCAUGUCCAAGCUAUGUGCUAAUGUGGUCAGCCAUUCACUUCCCAUGCCCAAGAUAUACUCAGUGCUGCCACCUAGAUGUGAGGAAUUGAGCAAAGUGUUAGCUAUUCUUAGCAUGGCUGCAAAUAUUCCAGUGCAUGCUUGCCAUAACAUGUACCCAUCAUGUGGUACUGUAUAUAGGGCCCUAAGGCCUCUGGAAUACACACUUGGUGGGGGUGGGGAGAUACUUUUGGCCGUCACUGUAUCUUAUGACAACAUCAAUUCAUAUCCUGAGGAUGAGCCGCCUGUGAUCGUAAAUUACUCAAAGAGCAUGGAGUCCAAUGUAGAUCCUGAGGCGUCAGCUGUAAAUGCAAGCGAAGAAGAUGAAGGUGCAGAUGAUGGAGCCUGUCCUUUUGUUGUGCAUGGAUUCACAGGUGCAAGCCUUGAACACAUGGGACCCACAUCAAUCCGGUCUUGCGGACUGACUAGCGCAGCUUCUACUUGCUGCGCUUCAGCUGACUGGUCAGAGUGCCGGUCACUGAAGUGCGUGUUGAUGGUAGUUUGUUCCAUCGGCGGUUCUUCGCUGUCGUCGUCACCAGCCACUAUUUGGGCUGGUCCUGUUAUUGCAGUAGCCGGGGUAUUCAGCUGCAGCAUGUGCUGGUCCUCGUAG